AUGGAACAGUUACAAACCCUCAGCACCUCCUGGUCUCUCCCGGUUGCAGCUAUCGUCGCGGCCAUCGGCAUAUUCGCAACAAUGGGUCUCUUCAGCUCCAAAAACCACAUGCCAGUCGAGGGCCGGACCGUCCUCCUAACCGGUGCCUCCGAAGGCAUGGGCCGCUCAGCGGCCAUCCAACUCUCGCAAAAGGGCGCCAACGUCAUCCUCGUCUCGCGCAACGUCGGGCGCCUCGAGGAAGCCCUCGCCGACGUCCGCGCCGCCGCCAAGAACCCCUCCACGCAACGCUUCACUUACAUCUCAGCCGACGUUUCCGAGCACGACUACGCCGCGGUGGUGAUUGCCGAAGCCAUUGCCUGGAACGGCGGGCGCUCCCCGGACAUCGUCUGGUGCGUGGCCGGCAUGUCGACACCUCUGCUGUGGACGGACGACGACAGCAUGGCUGCCGCGCGCCGCAACAUGGACGUCAACUACUUUGGAUCGGCCGAAAUGUCGCGGGCGAUAUUGAGGGAGUGGCUGGCGCCCGAGAACAGCACGGGGCCGAAGGGGGAGCCGAAGCACUUGGUGUUUACGGCGUCGAUGUUGGCGCUUUUUGCGAUUUUGGGUUAUGGCCCGUACACCCCGACCAAGUGGGCGCUGAGAGGACUGGCGGAUACCCUGGCGAUGGAGGUCAAUUACUACCCGGAUAACCCGGUCAAGGUGCAUAUUGUGUUCCCCGGCACGAUUGUGUCGCCGGGCUACGAGAGGGAGAAUCAGACGAAGCCGGACAUCACGGUGGAGCUGGAGAAGGACGAGCCGGCGGAGAGCCCGGAUACGGUAGCGAGGAGGGCGAUUGCCGGGCUGGAGGCGGGCAAGUACUUUGUCGAUGUGUCGUUCCUGGGCAGGCUGAUGCAGUGCGGGAUCAUGGGCGGGUCGCCGAGGAAUAACUGGGUGUUGGACACGAUGAUGGGGUGGUUCAUACCCAUCAUUUACUUCUUCGUUUUGAGGGGGAUGAACUCGACGGUUGUGAAGUGGGCGAGGGAAAAGGGGCAUCCUUUUACGCAUCCGAAGAAGAAGUGA